AAUUAGAUAAAAGCGACGCCGUUGGGAAAUAAUGGAUACUUUUUCCCCCAACAAGCUGCGCCAGUGCUCCCGGUUCAUGGGCGCACCUUGUACCCCGGAAAAAGAUCAACUGUUGGUCGAUGUGGCCAAAAUAAAGUCGUGCGCCAAUCCUACGUACGAAUGCAGCCAGACGCGGGUUGACGGACAUGAGUUUUGCAUUCGCCACGUUCUUCGCGAUCCCCGGGCAAACUACCGCCAGUGCACACAUGUGUACACCAACGGAAGAAAGUGCAUAAACGCAGUUCCCAAAUAUGAUAACAAGAAGGAGCAGAUACUCACUACACUUUGCUUCGAGCACAACCGACAGACGCAGCUGCAAAAGACGCAUGUAGCCGUCGGUCGUCUCCGCAGUGGCGUCGAGACCAAUGAGACGUUGCUCAGCACUCUUUCCCAUCACAUAAACGUAGAGGAUAUUAAGUUCGAGUAUCCGUGCUCAGAGCUGGAUGAGGAUAUGAUCGAUGUUGUUUCACCGCACGUGGCACCGUUUGUUAAUCAGGAUCAUCGAAAUGGUAUAGAGAAUGUUAUAGAAAAGGUCCGCCGCCGUCGUCGAAUCUUAGAUUACGCCUCCGACAGUUCCAGCAAUGAUGGAGAUCCGCCUUGUGUGAAGAAUACAGCCAAAGAUAUCGAGUUCUUUGAAUCGGAGAACGAAAGCAUCGAUUCUGAAGACGAUGAUCCUCUAAAGCAUGCCGGCGUCUACACUCGUGCUGAGGCUGUUCGGAUUGCAGAGUUGAAAGUGAAUAAACUUCAGGGCCUUUACCGCGAAGAGCUGUCCCACUUGCAGCUUGUUCUGAAACAAAGGCGUCGGCAGUACCUGCACGACAUCCGGCGAGAACGGGAAAUUUACUGCAGUAUCCACGAUCAGCUUAAGGAGACGCCGCACGAGCGCAAGCUCUACGAACAACUGAAGGCGCUCAACAGCUACCAUCGUCGGCAGGGCGUUGAGGCGGUUCUCUACAAAAAAUUCAAAGAGAAACGCGCGCGGGACACGCUGUUUGCUUCGAAGUCGGCCAACAACCCCAAGUGUAUUUUUACAGAGGGCGGCGUCAAAUGUGGAGAGCGAACGCUGCCAUGCUGCAAACACUGCCGCAAGCACAUAUUGGAGGAUAAGCGCCAGGUUCUAUUUCGUGCAUGUGGAGUGGAGCGUAGCGGUGUUGUAUGCCAGGAGCCCGUGACAAGCAUGCUUGAAGACGCGAACUGUGUGCUGCAUCUGAGCGUGGUGCCAGCCAAGCGCCAGUACAUACAAAAGAAAUGCGAAUCUGAGACCGAAGAAGACGAAAUCCCUUCAACAAGUACUCUCAUUACUGAAACUGAAAUAUCUGCAGACAUGAUGCUUUCCAGAAGCUUUCGCAAUGUCACCACAGCACAUAGCGAAGACAGAAAAAACGAUAUUAAGCUUCUGAGAUUGUCACCCAAACAAUCGACCGCUGCGUAAGCCUGUGUAAGCCAACUCAAAUGCCAAUCCAAAUUCAGUUAAUUAUGGGUAAAGGAUAAUGUUAUGUUGCCCAUUACGUGCAAUAUCAGGCGUGCAGAACCCCAAUUCGUAAAGUUUAUGAUAUAAAUUGCUUCACGAGCAGAGCAGUCGUCGAGUACUAACAUCAAACGAUUUCACAAAAUUGAUACAAUGUAGAUGCAUACAUGACGUUUUUUAUUUUAUAUAAAUUUAACAAUUGAGAUAUUUUACUGAUA